AUGCCGGAUCCUCCGGCCACUUUACGACCUUUGGUUCUUUCCAAACGCCAGCUACAGCCAGUUUAUCAACAUGCAACAUAUCGGCCGAAGGUCUCCUGGGGAAACCCGGUCGUCCAUUAUCGCCCCAUAUUUAACUCCCGCUUAGAUGUGAUGACCACAGUCAGUUUGCGAACGGCGACAAACCAGGUAACGGCCAGACACUAUGCAACCCAGGAUGACACAAAGCUGUAUGGAAUCCGAAAAUACCCAGCGCAAGUCAUGGGGAGGUCAUCUCACGCAAUUGAGAAGCUGAUGAAGGAAUUCCAUCGCUGGAAUUUGGAUCAACACCAAAUGCAGCAUCUGCUUAUGCCGAUUCAAGCCUUCCUCCAUGUGGAUCAGAGAUCUUUCUAUACCGUGUCUGAGCACGCAUUUAUGACUCUGGCGGACGUAGUCCUGGGCACGAAGCAAUGGCCAAGCAUGCUCUGUCACGAUGAGAUCUGGUCGGUUGUCAAGCAGGUCCUGACCGGAACUGGAUUUUUGGCAUCGCGAGGGCUACAACAUACCGUGCUCAACCUACGAAACAUAUUAAUAACAAACCAUGGGGUUGUGAAGAUUGGGGCGAUUCAUCAUAUCGAGCACGAAACUCCCGAAGGCUGGGCCAAAACAAGUGAAGCACUGGUCCAGCUCGCUGUGGGUUUGAUCGAAAAAUCCAAAGGGCCAUGCUCGGACUGCACCGAUACAUUCUGCGAGAAAGACGGCGACCGUGGAUGCUGCGACAGCACAUCGAUGCUUGCUCGUGUUGACUCUCUUGCGACAGCAUUGGAUAUCACCCGCUGUCUCACCGAGGGGACCACGGACUUUCAGAGCGGUGUCACAGGCAAGGCCAUUUUGACGGCUCUUGAACUGGGCUUUAUUGACCAUGCAAAAGGCUCACGUCUCGGCCCUAUUGCUGAAUUCGCCUCCGGCAAGGUCUACCGUGAGGUGAUGCCCGUGUUGAGGACUACCGACCGUCAUGGAAUUACAACCUCAUCUCCGCCGAGACAUGGCGAGAAAAAGAGGCCGGGGGAAUACCACAAGCUCGUUUCAGGUCGAAAGAGUGUUCGUCGUAGAAGGUUUUAUGGCGGAGGAAAGAAAUGGCUGCUUCGCAAAGACAAAUCAACCACGGAUCAGCCAAAGACAGAGCAGGGGAUGAUAGAAUCCUACCAGCGAGAUCAUAGUCCAACGUUGGAUGCCGCGCGUGAAGCUAAGUGGGCUUUGGUUCAGAGCAAGACGUGA